CCCGCUUAUAGUCUUUGGAUCCUCGCUGGGGUACAACACGUUUAUUAUUUGUUUCCAAGGUUACGUCAAUCCCGGCAAGCCCGCAGUCCUAGCCGCAUCGCGUUACCCUCGAGCCCCAACCUCAUUACGUACCGUCGAGGGAGCUCUCACGACACUCCACGAGCUUCCUGGAGCUGUAUUCUUAGGCGGAAUCAUUGAGGUGUCCGCUUGUGACUGUGCGCGCAUCCCCGCAGUUGCCAUGGAGCUCCAGCGCAAAGAGUACCCAGCAGUGCUGCAAGCCCUCUCGCCCGCGCAAGCCGUCGACGUCCUCAGUGGGCGCAUGAGGCAUGUGAACCAAUUGAACACGCAGAUCGCCGACUGGCUGCAGGAGCGGCGUCGCGUCGAAGAACAGUAUGCCCAGGGACUGCGGAAGCUGGCGAACAGGCAUCCACCGGACGAUGCAUCAGAAUUGGGCAUCUUCUCCGUGCCAUGGCAGAAACUCGUGAGCGCAACCGGCGCCGUUGCCGAAUCUCAUGAGCGCCUUGCACGCAAGAUUGAAUCUGACGUCGAGCGACCUCUGCGCGAGUUUUAUGCAAACGACCGAGAAGUACAGGCCAUGGGCAACAUGUCUGGGAACUUGGCCGCAAUGGCGAAAGACGUCGACGCCGCGCGAAAGAAGUCAGAGAAACUCAGGGCCAAGGGCGCAAAAGCGAAACCUUCUGAGGUCGGCGAGGCAGCGCAAGAGGAGCAAAACGCCGAGCUCCAAUGGGACUCGCAGGCACCAUUCGUUUAUGAGAAGCUGCAGGCAGUAGAUGAGAGCCGACUCAACCACCUGCGGGAUGCCCUUACACAAUUCCAGACGCAUGAGGUUGAUCAAGUGGAGCGAAGCAGGGUUACGGCAGAGGAGACUCUCAACGUAUUGCUGAACAUAGAGACGGCAGACGAGAUACAGACGUGGUCCUUGAGACUGCGAAGUGGAGACAUCCCGCAGCCAAGUCGCAAGAUGAGCAUCGCCCCACCGGCGUCUCCAGCCAGGAAUCUAGCGCCACCUCCAGUGCCAUCAGCAGCUGGUCCUUCAGACGAUGCUCGAAGCCAGAAGAGCGGUUCUACUCAAGAAAAGCACAGCUCCAACCCUUUGAAGCGAUUUGGUACCGUACUUGGGCGUCGAAGACAAAGUGCUCACCCAUAUGGCCGCGCAUCUUCACCCGAACAGAAGUCAUCCUCGAACCUCGGCUCAGCAUUUGGAUUUGGGAAGGGCAAGAACAAGGACAAGGAUGUGCCCCCUCCCUCCACCGCAGACCGACCACGCUCACCCCUGAGGCGCCUUUCAUCGAGACGCGAAUCGGAAAGAGCACCAUCGCCAGUACACCCUCCGCCUUCGAGAGACGUAGAUGAGCCGAAUGGAUUCGGCACCACAGCCUCGAACGAAGUUGAGACGAACGCAGCCCCAGUCAAUGGAGCUACGCAAGACUCGAUACCAGAACUGAAAGAAUCCCUGGCCCCUCCACCUACCACCGAACCUAAAGCGGAGCCUGAAAAAGAUGCUGAAGGUUUCUCCGUGCCGCCGUCCACCCUCGACGCAAUUACAGAAGCCGAGCGUGAGGCCGGAUUUAGCCUGAGCGAAAGCAAUUCCACACCUCAGUUCAAGCUCGACAUUAGAAAUGCACCAAUCCAGGAAGAGGGAGAAGAUAAUGACGCUGCCAUGGCCAGUGUGGUUAACACUCUGCGCGCGCAAGCCGCACAGCCCAAACGGAACAGCACACUUCGAGGACGCCGCGAUGUUCGUAACACGAUAUUCUUGCCCAAUCCCGCUGUACCAGAGUUGCAGAGCAUAGGAGAGUCACCUGCACCGGCACUUCCUGCCACUGGGUCGUCUCCAUCGAGUGCUACGUUCCCUUCUCCCAGCACACCUACAGUGUUCCCUCCACUCAUUCCUCCUCCGCAGCCUGCUUCUCCAGUUUCCAAGCUUCCCCACAGAGCUUUGCUGUCUGAUGAACAUGCCGCACCAGCAUCAGACACCCAGUCAAUUCGAUCGGGCCGGUCAUUGAGCAGCUCCGCUAGCGCCACUGUCAAGCACCCGGACCUGCAGGAGCCAGGGUUGAACGCCUCACUCGUAGAGACCGUCAGUGCGUGGUUCGAACAAGGCAAUGUUACCAAGGCCAUGGUAAUCGGGCAGGUGGCGCUCGCAUUCAAUCCCGUUGACAUCUCAGCCGGGCCGUUUGGCACAGAACACAUCCGCUUGGAAAACUUUCCUGUGCUCGAGAAGGUGGCGCCAAACCCUGCUUUCAUCGAACAGAUCCCUGAUGACCCAGGAAACUACACUGUUGACUUGGCAAAGAUCACGAAGACGUCAGUCGCUUUUCACUACCAGCUGCACAUCGAAAACAGCAGCAUCGCCGCACUCGCUCCUAUCAUCCUUACUCCACUGUGGAAAGCAGAACCAACCCAGGUCUCUGCCAUCCUCAACUACUCACUGAACCCACAAUUCGAUCUGAGAGGUGCUUCCAGCGUCACGAUCCGCAACUUGGUCCUUGUCAUCCGCCUCGAACCCGGGUCCAAGGCUACAUCAUGCCAGUCCAAACCUGCCGGCACCUUCUCGCGCGACAAGGGGCUUAUCUACUGGCGUCUAGGCGACGUGACACUCUCGCGUGACCAGCCUACGCAGAGCAUCCGUGCGCGCUUCAUCUCAGAAGGCGAAGCUAAGCCGGGUAACACAGAAGCUCGAUGGGAGAUCAGCGGGAGCGAGUCCCUCAGCUUGGGAAGUGGGCUGGGCGUUAGCUUGAGUGCGCCGGGUGAGAAGCAGGAUGUUGAGGCUGAUCCGUUUGCGGACGAGGAUAAUGUGGCAUCUGCUGCGCCGAGCGUGCAGUGGAAGACUGUGCCGAGUGUUAAGCGGAUCACGAGUGGUACGUACCUGGGCGUGUAAGAGUUGGAUAUUGUUGUACUGCUGCGUUUUAAUUUAUACCACUCGUGACUUCCUGUAGAUGUUGUUAGUCGUGCCGUUCAUUGCUAGACUUGUACUGCUCCUUCACCGCUAC